AUGCAGCUGCUGUGGAGAAAUGCAAUUUGCUACAGAGAGCAUACACUAAGAAGCUCCUCCAGUGAUGCAACACGACCUGACUACAGCAAGCAAGCUCCACCAGCUGCCUUGAUUUUCUUCUCGGCAAGCUUCGAGAAGUACUUCGCCUUGACAAUGACAGCUUCGUAUACACCUGGGCCAGCAGCAUUGAAUAUCUUAUCAACAUUGAUGGUGGGGCAAAAGCUUCGGUUUCGCAAUACGUGGAAUUGA